CCCUGGUGGCGGCUCGCCUCCCUCCCACCUCGGCCCGCCUCUACCCCAAGCUCGCUCGCGCGCGCCUACCUAUCCAGAGGGGACAACGGCCGGGCGCUCCGUCGGAUCUCGCCUACCUGCCUCCGUCCGUUGGGAUCUCGUCUCUCUCACCAUGGCCGUCGUCGCGCCGACCCCCGCCCCGGCCGCCGCUCCGGCGCCCGCCGCCGCCGCUGCUCCUGCUCCGGCCCCGGCCCCUGCCGCGGAUCCCACGGAUCUGAUGCAGAAGAUGACGCUGGACUCGCAGCCCAAGGCGGCGGGCGCCGCCGAGCCUGCUGCUGCUGCCACCAAGCAGGGGCCUGUGGCCAGCCAGCCGCUCAGCGUGUCGAUCCCGCAGGACCGCUCCAUCACGCCCGCGGUUCAGGAUUUUACCGAUCCCAACAUGUUCUAUCUGCCAGCGUAUUACUAUGGAGGUUACGAUGGAACAAUGAGCGAGUGGGAUGAAUAUCCUAGAUAUGUCAAUCAAGAUGGAGUGGAGGUUGCCCCACCAGUAUAUGGAGAUAUUUAUGGAUAUGGGUAUGCCCCUUACGGUGCCUACUCUCCAGCUAGUUCCCCGGUACCAACAGUUGAUGGUCAGAUGUUUGCCGCACAGCAUUACCAGUAUCCAACUGCGUAUUAUCAGCCUCCUACCCCUGUGCCGUCUACCACUCAAGGUGACCUGCAGCCUUCUGCCAAGACUGAUAACAAGCCAGCGGCUAAGGCAGAUGCUGCCAAAACAACCGCAAACGGUGUUCCGAAUGGUACUGCUCACAGUAACAGCGGAACUGCGCCCCUUGGGUCAAGCUACCAAAAUUCAUCACUGACCCCUGAUGGAACUUAUAGGGCACCUGUGCUAGGUGGAGUUCCCUCUACUGGUUAUCUGGACUCAACCUAUGGGUAUGACACCACAGGAGCACACUAUGCGUGGUACGAUGGUUCUGCUUAUACGAAUGCUCAGCAAAGAACGACUGCAGCUAGUCACACGCCGACUUCAGCUUAUAGUACCAAUGGCUCUUCAGCAAGGUAUCAGAACAAGAGCCCCACACCGCAGCAGACGGGCGUGCACAAUGGGAGACCGGCGACUACAACAGGAUCAGCUACUCCUACAUAUCAAAAUAGGAUGUACCCGAGCACCCGGUCUUACAGCCAGUAUGGAAGUUCGGUGAAAAAUGGACUUGUGUAUGGAAGCAAUGGCUAUGGAAGCAGCGGCUAUGGAAGCAAUGGAUAUGGAAGCAGUGGCUAUGGCAGUGGUUACGGCGGUGGUUAUGGAAGCAAUGGCUAUGAUUCCAGGUUAUAUGGUCGGUGGGGUGUUACUAUGGAUAACAGAUACAACAGGCCCAGAGGCCGUGGCAAUGGAUAUUAUGGUUUUGGCAAUGAGAGUCAAGAUGGAACAAUUGAGCUGAACAGGGGUCCUAGGUCAGGUCGUUUCAAGAACCAGAAAUCGUUUGGCCAUACCGUUACUAUUGCUGUGAAAGGACAGACCCUUCCUCCAAGUGAAAACAAGACUGCUAGUGAUGUACCUGAUAAGGCACAGUUCAACCUAGAUGAUUUUCCUGUCCAAUAUGAUGAUGCAAAAUUUUUUGUCAUUAAAUCAUACAGUGAGGAUGAUAUCCACAAGAGUAUAAAGUACGGUGUGUGGGCAAGUACCACCAAUGGAAACAAGAAGCUCGAUGCUGCUUAUCAAGAAGCGCAGGCGAAGAGCUCUAGCUGCCCUAUAUUCUUGUUUUUCUCGGUGAAUACAAGUGGACAGUUUGUUGGUGUUGCUGAAAUGACUGGCCCUGUUGAUUUUGAGAAAACUCUCGAGUACUGGCAGCAAGACAAGUGGAAUGGUUCAUUCUCUGUCAAGUGGCACAUAGUCAAGGAUGUGCCCAACAAUAUUCUCAAGCACAUCAUCCUAGAGCACAACGAGGGCAAACCAGUCACAAACAGCCGUGACACACAGGAUAUAAACCUUGAGCAAGGUGUUCAGAUGCUGAAGAUAUUCAAGGAGCAUGUCAGCAAGACCUCUAUCCUGGAAGACUUCACCUUCUACGAGAACCGCCAGAAGUUGAUGCAGGAAAAGAGAGUAAAACAACAGCAGAUCCAAAAGCAGGUCUGGGACAGUAGAGCUCCGAAUCCUGUUGCCGGAGAGAAACAGCAGGAUAUUAUCAAUGGGAAGCCAAACUUAUCUUCACCGAAUGUUGUCAACGGGGAGAAACAGCCAGAUCUCGCUAAUGGGAAGCCAAAGUCAUCUGUGCCGAAUGGUGUCAAUGCGGACCAGAAGGUUCCAGCAGAGAAAGUUGCUGCUCCUCCAGCUGUUACUUAUGCGGCGAAGGUGGCCCAGAAACCAGCGCCCGAGAAACCUGUCGUCGCCAACGGUUCUGCCAAAACUGCUGUAGCUUGAUCGCAUACCCAAUGCUCCCAGCUAGCAAUGAAGAACAACUGGAUGGUCCCGAUGAACGAGGCAAGACAUGCGGUCCCAAGGAUCUGAUCAUGGAAGGUGGCUACCAGGGAGUGGAUGGCUAGUUAGAUUUCCUUAGCUCUUUCUCUUAUUUUUCCUGUCUGUCGCUGUACCCUGUUUCAGUUUUCUUAGCUCCGAAGACUCCUAUAGUAGUAUCAUCAGAAUGCCAGAAAAGGAAAAGAAAACCUGUGGGCGAGACAAGUGGUGGCCAAGCCACCGUUCCCCGGUGGCCUGGUGCUUGUGUGCGUUUUCGUGUAGUUUGUUUUCGUACCAGUGGUGUCGAGUAAGUACUCUGUGUGUUGGGUGAGUGGAUCUGAAAGUGGGUUUAGAUUGUAGCGGUUUUCCGUCUUAUGAUUUCAUAUUAUAACAGAAUAUCUUGCUUU